UUUCACUUUCAGUGUUAAAGCUCGAGCUGCUCUACUUCAUUUGCACUCAAGGAAAUUCCGUCACUUUCCAGAGAAAAAUUAAAAUUUUCUCUGCCCAAACCAUUGCAGUACCAGUGCUGAUUCGUAAUUCUUUUGUCUGUUGUUUGAAACAAAACAUGGGACAGAGUAAUUGGGAAGCCGAUAAGAUGCUUGACGUUUACAUUCAUGAUUAUUUGUUGAAAAGAAAGUUGCAUGCUUCAGCAAAAGCUUUUAUGACCGAAGGGAAAGUUGCCUCAGAUCCAGUAGCAAUUGAUGCGCCUGGAGGAUUUCUCUUUGAGUGGUGGUCAGUCUUUUGGGACAUAUUCAUUGCAAGGACAAAUGAGAAGCAUUCUGAGGCUGCUGCUGCUUACAUCGAGGCUCAGCAAAUUAAGGCAAGGGAGCAACAACAGCUGCAAAUGCAGCAAUUGCAACUCGUGCAGCAGCGCAGUGCACAACUACAGCGUAGGGAUCCUAAUCAUCCUGCUCUUGGCAGUUCUAUGAAUGCUAUGAACUCUGAAGGAUUGAUGGGACAGCCAUCAGCCAGUGUGUUAGCAAUGAAAAUGUAUGAAGAACGUAUGAAACACCCUCAUUCAAUGGAUUCAGAGACAUCUCCAGCUCUUAUUGAUGCAAAUAGGAUGGCUCUUCUUAAAUCAGCAACCAAUCAUCCAGGCCAGUUGGUACAAGGUAAUUCAGGGAACAUGUCUGCAGCUUUGCAACAAAUCCAGGCACGGAGUCCUUUGACAACUGACAUCAAAAGCGAGGUUAACUUGGGUGGAACUCAAAAAAGUUUGCCUAUGGAUCCUUCAUCAAUUUAUGGACAAGCGAUUUUUCAGUCAAAAUCUGGACUAGGUGGUGCAGGAUUGAAUCAAGGUGUCACUGGUCUUCCAUUAAAGGGUUGGCCUUUAACUGGAAUUGACCAGCUACGACCAAGUUUAGGUGUACAGAAGCCUAAUCUGCCGACUCAAAAUCAGUUACUUUUGGCAUCACAACAACAGCAGAUCUUGGCACAUGCUCAGGCACAAAGUAACCUUGGAAAUUCAACUAACUAUGGAGAUAUGGAUCCACGUCGAUUUGUUGGACUGCCUAGGGGUUGCUUGAAUGCAAAAGAUGGUCAAUCCACCAGAAAUGAUGGAUCCAUAUGCUCUCCAGUGCAAUCAAGUUCACCAAAGAUGAAGAUGGGCCAGAUGCAACACUCUUCAUCUCAACAACAGGACCAAUUGCAGCAGCAACAGUUGCAACAGAAUAACAGAAAAAGAAAACAGCAUUCUUCUUCUGGAGCUGCUAACAGCACUGGUACAGGAAAUACGGCAGGCCCUUCGCCUAGUUCUCCACCAUCAACCCACACACCUGGGGAUGGAAUAACAACAGCAAGUAGUAUGCAGCAUCUUAACAGUGUGCCCAAAAGCUUGAUGAUGUAUGGUACUGAGGGGACGGGAGGCCUUGCAUCAUCUUCUAAUCUGCUGGAAGACAUGGAACGAUUUGGCGAUGUUAGUGUUUUAGAUGAUAAUGUGGAGUCAUUUCUGUCUAAUGAUGGAGGAGAUGGAGGGAACUUAUAUGGAACAUUGAAGCAAAGUCCUACUGAGCACCAAAAAGAGUCUUCUAAAGCUUUCACCUUCAGCGAAGUUGGAUGCAUACGGACGAGAAACAGCAAAGUUACUUGCUGUCAUUUUUCUUCAGAUGGGAAGUUGCUAGCUAGUGCUGGACAUGACAGGAAGGUUGUCCUCUGGAACAUGGACACCUUGCGAACAGAAAGUACACCUGAAGAACACAAAUUGGUGAUUACAGAUGUUCGUUUUAGGCCAAAUUCAUCUCAGCUGGCAACAGCUUCAGUUGAUAAAUCUGUGCGAUUAUGGGAUGCAGCCAAUCCAAGCUAUUGUCUGCAAGAAUAUACUGCGCACACUUCAGCUGUUAUGUCCCUUGAUUUCCACCCCAAGAAGACCGAUCUCUUCUGUUUCUGUGAUCAUGACAAUGAAAUACGCUAUUGGAAUAUCAAUCCAUUCUCUUGCACUCGUGUCUCCAAGGGAGGUAUGGCUCAAGUGAGAUUUCAACCAAGAAUUGGACAUGUAUUGGCGGCAGCAUCGGAUCAGGUGGUGUCCAUCUUUGAUGUCGAAACUGACAGGCAAACAUACUCAUUCCAGGGGCACUCCGAAAUGGUAAAUUAUAUUUGCUGGGAUGCAAGUGGAGAUUAUUUGGCAUCCGUCAGUCAGAACUUGGUGAAGAUCUGGUCAUUAACCUCAGGAGAGUGCAUUCAGGAGCUCAGCUCUAAUGGGAAUCAGUUUUAUUCCUGUGUUUUCCACCCAAGUUAUUCAACUCUCUUGGUCAUUGGAGGAAUCUCGUCUUUGGAGUUAUGGAACAUGGCUGAGAAUAAGAGCAUGACAAUUCCAGCACACGAGAAUAUAAUCUCAGCUCUGGCACAAUCACCUGUCACAGGAAUGGUUGCCUCUGCAAGCCAUGAUGAUUCUGUGAAGUUGUGGAAAUAGGUAGAAGCCCAUUUAUGGUAGUAUCUAAUGAUAUAUGGAGCUUUUGCCGUUGCUUUCAAUCCUCACAAAUCUUGGGGAAAAGAAAUAGCAGGCUGUUUAGAUUCUAUUCGGAAUAAUUGUGGUCCAAUUCUGAAUGUGUGACGUUCAAACGUGUAAUGCAAUUUUUAAUAGUCUUGUUUUGAUGAGGUGAAAAUCGAGAAGCAUGUAUGUUUGUUUCGUGGAAGGUGAGAAAAAAGGAAAGGAAAAUACUUUGAGAA